AGAGGAGACGUAGAGAAGAAACAAACACAAGCAUUUGUAACAGAGAUAAGGAGAAAUGUCUACUCCUGUCUUGGUAGCUGUAGUCCUGUUCAUGGCCAUGUUUGGGCCAUCCAACGGUCAGUUGAAUGCCACGUUUUACGCUAGCACGUGCCCAAACGUGUCAAGCAUUGUACGUGGCGUCAUCCAAAACGCUCUACAAUCCGACGCUCGGAUCGGCGCUAGCCUCAUUCGCCUUCAUUUCCAUGAUUGCUUCGUUAAUGGCUGUGAUGGAUCGGUUCUUCUGGACAAUAGCAGCAGCAUCGUGACCGAGAAAGACGCGGGCCCCAACGUCAACUCAAUAAGAGGAUUUAACGUCGUCGACAACAUCAAAACUGCCCUCGAGAAUUCAUGCCCGGGCAUUGUCUCAUGUGCAGACAUCCUCGCCAUUGCAGCUGAAGCAUCAGUUUCUCUCUCAGGAGGGCCCACAUGGAAUGUUCUUCUAGGAAGGAGAGAUAGCACGACGGCGAAUCGAGCUGGAGCGAACAGCAACCUUCCAACGCCCUUUGAAAGCCUAAGCAACAUCACAGCCAAGUUCUCCGCUGUCGGACUCAACACCAACGAUCUAGUCGCUUUAUCGGGUGCACACACGUUCGGACGUGGUCAAUGUCUGACGUUCAUCAGCCGCCUGUACAAUUUCAGCGGGACGGGCAAUCCUGACCCUACGCUGAACACUACAUACUUAGCGACGCUUCGGCAAUCAUGCCCACAAAAUGGGUCCCUGACUACAUUGAACAAUCUGGACCCCACAACGCCUGACACUUUCGAUAACAACUACUACACAAACCUUCAGAACAAUCAAGGGUUGUUCCAAUCCGAUCAAGAGCUGUUUUCGACGAGUGGGGCCCCCACGAUCACCAUCGUUAACAACUUCGCCGCUAGCCAAAGCGCAUUCUUUCAGAGCUUCGCAGCAUCCAUGAUCAAUAUGGGGAACAUAAGCCCCCUAACAGGCAGCAAUGGUCAGAUCCGAACAGAUUGUAAGAGGGUGAAUGGAGGUUAGGCACUGUCAUGAGAGAAUGUAGUGAAGAUGAUCAUAUAUGGCCCACCUAUAACACGUGUAGGACGACCAAGUCGUGCAAAAGGUGGGACCGUCAGUGAAGUUCACAUGGAGCAGAAAUCAGGUUGGUCCACUCAUAAUGCGAGCCAUGCCAUCAAAAUCAAAGAUGGCUGACAUUUGUUUUUGUGGGACAACCGGAUGUGAGGUCCACCUGAUGUGUGGAUCAGCAUGAUUUUCAAGCCAAGUGAUCAUCAUGAUGGGACCCACCUUUUGCUCAGCUCUGAUGCCCUACACAUGUUACAGGUUGGCGGGAAAAAAGGGUGUAGCACGUUUUGGGCAGUAUAUGUAUCAUCUCCCUCUAAGUAUUUAGUAUGAUGUGAAGGAAGACCUUCAGUGUUUUGGGAGUAUUUUCAUUGUUUGAAGAGAAAUGAAUAAGUCUCUCUCUCUC